UUCAAAGCUCCCACGCCGGCUUCUGUUAUUCCUUCUGCCGGCUUUUCCCGGGGAUUUUUUUUGAUUUUUCCAUGGAAUUUUUCCCAGAUUUUUUUGGGAUCAUUCCCUGUUUUCCCCAGAUUUGCUGUGCCGGGCCCUGGGCAGCUCCCGGCGCUGUGGGCCGGGCUGGCGCUCCCACGCUGGCUCCUGUUAUUCCUUCUCGGGGUUCGCGCUAGCUGGGGCCGCGCCCGCGCUGCCUGCGAGGACCUGGGGGCGCAGCUGGCCGUGGUCAGCGACGAGGCCGAGCAGCUAUUCCUGGUGCAGAACAGCAACCGCAGCAGCUCCUACUGGCUGGGGGUGACGGACGCAGAGGAGGGGAAAUGGCGCUGGGCCAACGGCGAGGAGCCGCAGAUUGGGUUUUGGGACGUGUGGCUGCAGGAGGAGCAGCAGGAUCUGAAGGAUUGCGGCACCCUGGGGCCCAACGGGCGCUGGGCGAGCGCGGCCUGCGCGGAGCCGCUGCGCUGGGGCUGUGAGAGGCCCGGACACUGCUGAAAAUCCCUUCUUUUCACCCAAAAAUUCCCCCC